AUGUGCGGCUUAUAUCUACAGAACGGUUCGAGCUCUUUUACUAAGAAAUCUGACCCGCGGAAACUCAACUUCUGUAAGGUGAAGCUUCGGGUCGUCUGCUGGAACGUGCGGACGUUGAACGGCGAUGGCAAGCAGGGCUACGACACUCGCACCACAGUGCCAUACAAGCUGCAUAUCUUGCAACUCUCUGAGACCUACCAGGCCAUGGGCAUCGGCGGCUUGAAGAAGGAUUUCUCAUACGUGGACGGCUCCAGGAAGUCAUUUCAGAGUGAGGUCGAUUCGCGGCAAAUAGCGAAUGCCCUCCACUACAUCCGGGCGGAACGAGGUGCGAACGUCGCAGUUGAUCAUUUGCUAGUGAUCACAAAGUUACUCCUUCGUCUGGCAAGAACUGUAGAAACGUCCCGGUGA